UGGGAAGUUGAGACCCUUGAAUUUUAAUGGCAAUCGGGCCAAUCAUUUUGCCACUGUUCACUGUUGUAUUAGCCUUAAUUCUGCGAUUCACUUUCCUGGUAAUCAAUGGUAGGAAAAGAAGUAAAGCAGUUGGCUUCUUCCACCCCUUUACGAAUGACGGCGGCGGUGGGGAAAGGGUGCUAUGGUGUGCCGUGACAGCUUUGCAAGAAGAAAGUCCUGACCUAAAUUGCGUCGUUUACACUGGAGAUCACGACGCCACGCCGCAGAGCUUGAUUGAUCGAGCCCUCGAUCGCUUUGGGGUCAAGCUUCUCUUUCCUCCGAAGGUGGUGCAUCUGCACAAGAGGAAAUGGAUUGAAGAAACCACUUACCCACGCUUUACUAUGAUUGGCCAAAGUCUGGGUUCUGUUUAUCUUGCUUGGGAAGCUUUAUGCAAUUUUACCCCGUCAUAUUAUUUUGACACAAGUGGAUAUGCUUUUACAUAUCCACUUGCUCGGGUGUUUGGAUGCAAAGUUAUCUGCUACACACAUUACCCUACUAUCAGCACAGACAUGCUAUCUCGCGUUCGUUAUCGCAACUUGAUGUAUAACAAUGAUGCCUUAAUUACAAAGAGCAUUUGGCUUUCUUGGUGCAAAUUGUUCUAUUAUACACUGUUCAGCUGGAUGUAUGGGUUUGUUGGAUCUUUUGCACAUUUAGCAAUGGUAAACUCCACAUGGACCCAAUCCCAUAUUGAACAGCUUUGGGGAAUUUCAGACCGCAUUAAAAGAGUAUAUCCUCCAUGUGAUACUUCCGGACUUCAGGUUCUUCCUUUGGAGAGACCAGCUGAAAAUCCAGUAAUAUUAUCUGUUGCACAAUUUCGACCAGAGAAGGCUCACAGUCUCCAGCUUGAAGCUUUUUCAGCUGCCACUAAAAGACUAGAUUCUAGCAUGCCAAAACCUAAGCUCCAGUUUGUUGGUAGCUGUAGAAAUAAUUCAGAUGAGGAACGACUUCAAUUGUUAAAAAAGAAAGCAGUUGAGCUAAAUGUGGACAAGCAGGUGGAAUUUUACAAGAAUCUAACAUACAGGGAUUUGGUUGGGCGUUUAGCAAAUGCUGUUGCUGGCAUCCAUUCCAUGACAGAUGAGCAUUUUGGCAUAAGCGUUGUAGAAUAUAUGGCUGCUGGUGCCAUCCCAAUUGCUCAUAAUUCUGCUGGCCCAAAAAUGGACAUUGUAUUAGAAGAAGAUGGACAGAAAACGGGUUUUCUCGCCUGUACUGUUGACGAAUAUGCAGAUGCUAUUUUGGCAAUUGUAAGGAUGUCAGGGGUGGAGAGGCUUAAGAUGGCCGGUGCUGCAAGGACACGAGCAAGGAGGUUUUCUGAGCAGAGAUUCUACGAAGAUUUCAAAGCUGCAGUACGCCCUGUUCUCUGCCAUAGAUCUAGAUAAUGAUCCACCAACUAAACAACACUACUGUAAAUUAAAAAUGAAGAUUUCCUGUUGUCUUGUCUGCAAAUUUUUUUCUCUGCUAAUCCACUUUUCAGAUAUGAUUGACCCUGUUUUUUGCUGCGGAUAUGGUUACACUUCGAUUUCUAUUUCCUUUUAUAGUUGAAGUUAUUUUCAUUCUCUUGUAUAAAAUGGCAAAUGAUCCUUUGUGAAGAGGCGUGUUGAUAGUUGGGUUGUAAUAUCAGAAGUAGUUAUAUUAUAGUGUUUUCCUGUAUGUUGUUUUA